UCUCGUAAAAUUUGAUACGAUAAUAUCUUAUCGUUGAAAAAAUAUAAUUAACAUUGUGUAACAGCAAUAAUAACGUGUGUAUGUGUGUAUAUGUGUUAAGAUUCUUCUUCCAACGUUAUUAAACAUCAUCAUAGAUUAUUUAUAAAAAUUUUCCGAACAUGUUUGUUUGUUUGUUUUUUUCUUCUUUUUAUAUUUUCUAAUAGUAAAUUAAACGUACGUUCAAAUUCGCGCCUUACUUCGAUACAUCGAUCAAACACUUGUCGUCGUUGCGCAUGCGCAUCGAGAUCAAAGUAAUGCUGGCCUUUAAUUAAUAUUUAAUUUUAAGAAAAAAAACAAAAACAAAAACAAAAAAAAUAUUAAAAAAUCAUACAAAAAUAAAAUAAAAUUUAUAAUAAUCUACAAAAUUUGUUCUACUCUCGUAAAAUUUAAUACGAUUUAAUAUCCUAUAAAAUAUCAUUAAUAUUGUAUAACAGCAAUAAUAACGUGUGUAUGUGUGUGUGUGUGUGUAUGUAUGUGUUAAGAUUCUUCUUCCAACGUUAUUAAACAUUAUCAUAGAUUAUUUAGAAAAUUUCCAAACACAUGUCUUCCUCACAUAACGAAAAUAUGAUAGAAGAAUUAGCAAAGGAUUAUGCAGAUUAUGCAAAAGUCAACUUGUCUGUUAAAAUGAAACAAUUUCAUGAAACUAUUGAAGAUGUUAUGAUACGUUUGGAAGAAUUUCAAUCUAUAGUUGGAAUGGUACAAGCAGAAAGUUCAGAAUGCAUGAACGAACACAUUCCAAGGAUACGACACAUGCAAAAAGAAUUAGUAACACUUUGUAGAAAAAUAGAUGCUCUCGAACAUGUUCUUAUAGCUGCUAAUGUAAGUUUAACAGCUUUAGAAACAGCUGUUGAUACAGCAGAAGCUGAAUUAGGUGUUACGGAUAGAUUCUUUGGUAUUCUUAAUCCAUUAUCCUUUUUCAAUCUUAUUACAGAAAAAAUCCCAGGAAUCUGUGAUAGGAAACAAACCUCAAGCAUUCCAGUCCCCAACUAUUUACAAAACAGAAGAUUAUUUCAAUGUGGAGUAAUAAAAUGAUGUCUUCCAUGAAUGAAACUCUGGUCUUAAAUUUAUACUUUUAAAGAAACACAACUGUAAUAUCGAAUUUUACAUUUGACAUUUUGUUCUUUUUUUUUUUUUUUUUUUUUGAAGUUUUUGUUACAUAUACAAUGGCUAAUUUUUCAAUAACUAAUUAAGUCCUUAAACAUUUAUUGCAGUAAAACUGUAAAAUGUAUAACAACUAUAUAUAUAUAUAUAUUAAUAUCUAUUUAUUAUAAAUGUAUGCGUGAGUGUG